AUGGGGCUUUGUUAUGGAAAACCCAUGGAGCCCCCAAAAAAUCUAGCCGACUGCCCUAUAGUCCUCGACGAAAAAGAUGAACAAACCCACAGACCCUCAACUGGCAAAACCCCAAAAUUCCCAUUUUACAGCCCGAGCCCAUUGCCAAGUCUGUUCAAGACUUCACCUGCAAAUUCCAGCAGUGUCCCUUCAACCCCUCUUCGUUUUCUCAAGCGUCCUUUUCCACCGCCAUCGCCAGCUAAGCACAUUAAAGCCUUUCUCUUGAGGCGGCACGGGUCGAUCAAGCCGAACGAGGCCACCAUACCCGAGGGGAGUGAGUGUGAUGAGAUCACGAUUGGGCUGGAUAAAAAUUUUGGGUUUUUGAGGAAUUUUAGCAGCUGUUAUGAGAUUGGGGAGGAAGUUGGGAGAGGGCAUUUUGGGUACACUUGUUCUGCUAAGGGGAGGAAGGGGAGCUCCAAAGGGCAAGAUGUGGCCGUUAAAGUUAUCCCGAAAUCGAAGAUGACUACAACAAUCGCCAUAGAGGACGUGAGAAGAGAAGUGAAGAUGUUGCGAGCACUAACAGGACAUAAAAACUUGGUGCAAUUCUACGAUGCCUAUGAAGAUGAAGACAAUGUAUAUGUAGUGAUGGAGUUAUGCAAAGGUGGAGAACUACUGGAUCGUAUUCUAUCUAGAGGUGGGAAAUAUUCAGAGGAAGAUGCAAAAAUCGUUAUUGUACAGAUUUUAAGCGUGGUUGCAUAUUGUCAUCUCCAAGGUGUCGUUCACCGUGACCUAAAACCUGAGAAUUUUCUCUUCACAACAAACGACGAGCAUUCGCCACUGAAAGCCAUCGACUUUGGACUUUCCGAUUAUGUAAAGCCAGACGAAAGGCUUAAUGAUAUUGUUGGAAGUGCUUAUUACGUAGCUCCCGAGGUUCUGCAUAGAUCGUACGGUACAGAGGCCGAUAUGUGGAGUAUUGGUGUUAUUUCAUAUAUUCUUUUAUGUGGGAGCCGGCCAUUUUGGUCAAGGACAGAAUCUGGAAUCUUCCGGGCCGUUCUAAAGGCCGACCCAAGUUUUGAUGAAGCUCCUUGGCCCGAUUUGUCUCGUGAUGCCAUAGAUUUUGUGAAACGAUUAUUGAAUAAGGACUAUCGUAAGAGACUAACAGCUGCACAGGCUCUAAGUCAUCCAUGGCUGGUCGGAUAUCAUGACGUGAAAAUUCCUCUGGAUAUGAUAAUAUAUAGGCUCGUAAAGGCUUAUAUUUGUUCUUCUUCUUUGAGAAAGGCUGCUUUAGGGGCUCUGGCUAAAACAUUGACGAUACCUCAACUAGCCUAUCUUCGGGAACAGUUCACACUACUAGGGCCGAGUAAAAGUGGAUUUAUAUCACUCAACAACUUCAAAUUGGCUAUGACAAAGAACUCGACUGAUGCAACGAAGGAUUCACGAGUUCUAGAUUAUGUCAAUGUGGUGAGUUCUCUUCAGUACAAAAAAUUCGAUUUCGAGGAAUUUUGUGCUGCCGCAAUAAGCGUGCAUCAACUCGAAGGACUUGACAGCUGGGAACAACAUGCACGCGGUGCAUAUGAAUUUUUCGAGAAAGAUGGAAACCGGCCAAUCAUGAUCGAGGAACUUGCCUCUGAACUCGGGCUUAGUCCAUCUGUACCUGUACACGUGGUGCUGCAAGAUUGGAUAAGGCACUCGGAUGGGAAGCUCAGCUUCUUGGGUUUCGUGAGACUCGUGCAUGGAGUUUCCUCACGUUCGUUUCAGAAGGCCCCUUAA